CGAGGUUGGUUUUGCACGCUUUCGCUAGAAACUCGCUAACUCCGCUUCCAGUGAGAGCUUGCUCAGGCGGGUCUGGAGUCGGGGGGCUGAGUGCGGUGUCACAGAAGAACUCUGGCUUUCGGCAGUCUGGAAUAGGUAUGAGUGAUUUCAGUGAAGAAUUGAUAAGGCCCACAACAGAGGAUGAACAGGGGGAACCAUGCGUGCCCUCUGGUACAGGAAUGUGUCUUCCUUGGCUCCAAAAGCAUAUAGAAACCAUAGCGACUAGAGGAAAACAGGAGAAGGAUUUUGCUCAGACAACAAGUGCUUGUUUAAGUCUUAUCCAAGAAGCUCUGCUGAAGCACCAGUGGCAGCGAGCUGCAGAAUACAUGCACAGUUACUUUCAGAUCUUGGAAGAUUCAGAUAGCAACAAAAGACAGGUUGCACCAGAGAUUAUUUGGAGGCUUGGAAGCGAAAUUCUCUAUUAUCACCCCAAAAGCAACGUGGAGACUUUCAAUACCUUUGCUGACCGGAUGAAAAAUAUUGGCGUCAUGAAUUACUUGAAGAUCUCCUUACAACAUGCAUUAUACCUUCUGCAUCAUGGCAUGCUUGAGGACGCGAACAGAAAUCUCAGCCAGGCAGAGACAUGGCGAUACGGUGAAAAGUCGUCUUCCCAGGAAGUGUUAAUCAACCUUAUUCAGGCCUAUAAAGGGCUUUUGCAGUAUUACACUUGGUCUAAAAAGAAGAUGGAAUUGUCUCAGCUUGAUGAGGAUGAUUAUGCUUACAACACAGCAUCCCAGAACAUGCUCAACCACAGCUGGAAGACGUCUAUAAACCUCUGUGCAUUGAUUCAAAUUCCUGGAGUUUGGGACCCUUUCGUGAAGAGUUAUGUAGAGAUGCUGGAAUUCUAUGGGGAUCAAGAUGGAGCCCGAGAGGUCCUUACCAAUUACGCCUAUGAUGAGAAGUUCCCAUCAAAUCCAAAUGCUCAUAUCUACUUAUACAACUUUCUAAAGAGAGAGAAAGCACCAAGAGAGAAACUGAUAAGUGUGCUUAAGAUUUUGUAUCAGAUUGUACCAUCUCAUAAAUUGAUGUUAGAAUUCCAUAGAUUACUGAGAAAAUCAGAAAAGGAAGAACACCAUAAACUGGGUUUGGAGGUAUUAUUUGGAGUCUUAGAUUUUGCUGGAUGCACUAAAAAUAUAACUGCUUGGAAAUACUUGGCGCAGUGUCUCAGACAGACUUUAAUGGGGAGUCAUCUUGCCUGGGUUCAAGAAGAGUGGAACUCCAGGAAAAACUGGUGGCCAAGCUUUCACUUCAGCUACUUUUGGGCAAAAAGUGAUUGGAAGGACGAUAAAGCUUUGGCUUGUGAGAAAGCUAUGGUAGCUGGGUUAUUGUUAGGAAAAGGAAUUUGAUUCACGUCUCUGAAAUACUUUACUAGUGAUCCGCUUAGCAUUGUAAGACUAUGAGAAGCAGGUAGAACUUCUGAUGAACACCUUUGGCACCUUUGGCAUAUCUGCAGGUCACCAUCCAGCUGCCUGCUAGAUGGAUGGCAGGAAUGACUAGAUGAUUUCUGAUCUCUUCUAACCUGUGAUUUGUUUAUUCUAAUUCUUCACAUCAAGAUUUUCUACAGAAAACUUCCUUAUUGUUAUGGAUACUUCUUUGGCUGUUUCACCAAGUUAUCAUUGAGAAGGAAGCUAUAGUAGUUUGCUUCUGGAGAAUGCUCAUUUAGUACAGAAAUAUAUAUAAUAGGCAUAUCACCUUAACUAAGGCUUAGGAGGGAAGGUAGAAAACAAGCUAAAGUAUAUGCUUUCAUUAUGAUGGGUUAGAAAUAUUUUUGUAUGUAGGAAGCAGUACAUUUCAUUGGCGACUGCUCUGAAAAUGGGCUUAGACAUAUUGGUGUAGAUAAUAUAAAUCUGUCUAUUUUUAUAAUUAUCAGUAUGCCAGAGUUGAAGCAAAAUUUUAAAAAUGUAGAAAUGUACUUGAAGAAUUUGAUAAGUAUUAAAACUUUUUGUUCAUUUGGCCUUUUUUUUUUUUUUUUAAGGUUGUAGAUAUUUUCGGUAUAUUUCAAAACAAGAUCAUCAAGUCUUAAAGAAGAAAAUUAAGCAGAUGAAGAAAUCAGUGAAAAAAUACAGUAUUGUAAAUCCAGGACUCUGACACUGAAUUUAUUUCAGAUUAGUAGCUACAAAGUAGUAACUCAGUUGAUAGCUUUAAAUGUAUUUAUUUGGUAUUUUAAGAAGGUAGCUUAUUUGGCUACAAAAAAGUUAUUUUUAUAUUUUUUUAAUAUUUUCUUUUACUACCAAUUAUACCUAGAGAAGCAGUCUCAUUGCCUUUGCUCUUUGUAAAUAUAUUUUUUCCCUUUUCUGUACUGUUAAGUGUAACAUUUAUUAAGGAAUAAUCUUCAAAUAAAAAUAUUUGUUUAA